AUGGGGAAACAAAACCCAAUAGAUCUCAGGAUCUACUCAUCUGUCUUCUGCCUGGUGUCAGUUUUGUCACUGACCAGCUUGGUUUCGUCUCAGUUGAGUUACCAUGUGGACUCUUUAGUCGACACAAGAACUGCUAUGUUGACUUACUCCUACGAACAUGAAGGUAGGCUCUAUCUUCAAUGUGUUCUUCAGAGAUCAUUCAAAUUCGUAGCAAGUCUCACUGCUAGUUAUUUCACGGGUAGUUUGUUGACAUGUGAAAACUAUGAUGUGUAACUGCAAGUUUCGAAAUGAAUGUAGUUUUUAUUUGACCAUAAUAAGAUACUAAAACAGUUAUUUUGUAUGCCCUUAUUAUUCUGCGACUCCCGACGUUUUUACUAGCUAUACUAUCCUAUAGAAAACAAAUAAAGAAGCCUUGACAGUGCUCUGUUCUUUUGCAAAGCACUUUGUAGGAAGCGGCUUGAGCACGAAAGAAGUGUAGGACGAAACAAGAGAUGUAGUCGAGCGUUUCUCCCUACUUCUUGAGUGCUCUAGCCGCUUUCUACAAAGUGGUUUGAAACACAACAGGGCACACUCAAGGCUUCUUUAUUUGUUUUAUGAUAAAGAAUCCGUCAAAUUCCCCACGAAUUACUUUCUAAUUUUCAUAACAAACUUUUAGCUCUGUGUUUUAAACUCUCAUAAAGUACACAUUUUCAACCAAUCAGAGUGAACUUUAAUACCAUAUUUACGCGAAUAAGCUCCCAAGCGCUUAUUUCAAAUUUCAGCUAAAAGGAUGGGCGCGCUUACUCUCCAAAGGGAGGUAUCGGUCUAGUUACAAUUAUAGAGGUUUUAUACUGACUACUACAACAAAUUAUUAUUUCGGAAACGAUAAGCAAGAACCAAGACAGUCACAUUCAAGCCGCUGUUGACACCCUAGCAAGCCGUGCGACCGAGGAUAAGUUUCAACUAAACGAGACGAAAUGCAAAGAACUGCUUAUAAACUUUAACACUAACAACCCUACUUCUUUCGAUCCAGUUGUUGUUAAUGGCAUGCCUAUUGAUUUAGUUACUAGUGCCAAAAUACUAGGCCUUAACAUCUCCAAUGAUUUGAAACGGAAUUGUCACAUUGACUCCAUUAUUAAGGAAGCUAAAAAGCGCUUGUAUAGCUUAUCUCAGCUUAAACGCUCUGGUCUAGGUACCCGUGAGUUAGUCCAGUUUUUCUGCACUUGUAUUCGUCCGAUCACAGAGUACGCGUGUCCUGUCUUUCAUGACGGCCUCCCCGUGUACCUCUCCAAUGAACUUGAAGGAGUACAAUUUAAGCGGGCUAUGCGCAUCAUUUUUCCUCUUUGCUCAUACAAUGAGGCCUUGGUUGAAUCAGGCCUAACUAAACUUUCAGACCGCCGCCAGGAACUAGUUGAUAAACUAUUUAAGAAUGUCUUACAGAACGAACAGAACAAGCUCCAUGAACUUUUUCCUGCUCGCAACACAUGUACCUUUAACCUAAGAAAUGUGCGAAAGUUUAAGCCAGCUUUUAAGACGAACAGGUUUCGUAGUAACGCCCUCAUGAUCAAGGCUUGAACGGUUUUAGUAGAUUUUUAAACCUCUUCUAUAUAUAUUUUUAGAACAUAUAUAUAGUGUCCUUAUUUUCAGUUUUAAAUCACUUGUAGUCUUUUUAAUGUAGUUAUCAAUAUUCAAUUUUUUGUAAAUAAUCGUAUAAUUCAACUUUUAGUUGCAAACCGGUUAUUAAUAAACUAUCUAUCUAUCUAUCUAUCUAUCUAUCUAUCUAUCUAUCUAUCUAUCUAUCUAUCUGUCUGUCUAUCUAUCUAUCUAAAACAUGAACAGAAAAAACAAAACUAUACAAUAUAUACUAUUACGAUAAUAAUUAUAUCAUUAAAUUAAUUAAUCAAUUAGAGUUUUGGUUAACUCAAGAUCUGUGAGGGGGAGGGGAGGAAGGCGCUUAUUCGAGGGGGACGCUUAUUUGAUAUAAUGGUCUAGUGCGUGGGCGCUUACUUGGGAAAGGGCGCUUUGACGAGGAAAUACGGUAAAUAACAAUCCCUACUAUUAACCUACAUGUGCUUAUAUUACUUUUUAUCAUUACAAAUGGCUUCAUCCUUUUAACAAUUUCAAUGUCACUGGUUGCUUUUUGUCUAAAACCCUGCAAAAGUAAGUGUUACAAGUCAGAAAUUUGUCAAUACUAGGGACAAGACUCUCAGAAGUUUCCCCUCUUUUCAGUGCUGUUCCAUUCUACCAAGAGGGAAUUCAUGAGAUUAAAUAUUUGCCUCUUAAUUCGUAACUCUGUCGUGAACCGAUCACCAUAAAUAUAAAACUAAAUAUUUUUGUUUGUUAUUGUCAGUUUUUUUAGCAGAGCCAAGUCAAUAUUCUAUGGAGGUCUUUGCUAAUUUCAGUGUAAAGAACCAAAAUAUGAGUAACAGAAAACGAUGAAUUUGUAUUAUUAGCAAAUACCCUUUCCUAUAUUCUGAGCCAAGCAUCUUGGUAAUUCGUUUUUGUAAAUAAGGAACAGAAGUGGGCCCAGAAUAGAGCAUUAGGUCACUCCACAGAAGAAGUUACGAGAAAAACCGUCCAUUCAAAAUUUCAAAGGUAAAUGAUCAUCAGCGGCAAGCAAUUCGAGCAAUUAUGGUGGACAACAAGGAUGUGUUUGUAAACGUGUCAACAGGUUUCGGGAAAUCGAUAGUUUAUCAGAUUGCUUAUUUUUUUUUAAUUAAUACCCUUGAGAAUUCAUAUCCUUCAAAGCAAUACACAUCCCUCAAAGGAAAAUUAUCAUAUGCACCGUCAAAAUAGCAAAUCCGAUCCAGGUAAAAGUCGUACACGCCUGGCAAACCCUUUUUUCACCAGGAGCUUUGCUAAUAACCUAGAAGAAACGUCUCUUUGAGAUUUUAAACAUUUUGCUGCUGUUCGAUUUAAAGCCUCCAUAUACAAACUGUGUGACCAUGGAUUGAGUUGUUAAAAACUGGGAAGUAUGUUCGUUUCAUAGCGCCCUGUUUACUCAUUGUUUCCAGCCUUGACAUCAUUAUCUUUUCUUUCAUGUACCUGCAUGCACUGCAUCUCAUUACCCCCAAAACAAGUUUUUUACGCCCCAAAACAGGUUUUCCCCCUAAACCCAUCCCGGUUUACCCCUUGCUGGGAGGCCGCCAUUUUGAAUAAUCCCUUCUAGUCAUCCGGGAGAUACUACUUCACCCGCUAAUUUUGUUUAACUUUUUGUUGUUUCAUUCUGUUCAUUAAAGCUUCUGCCAAAAAUGCGUCCCCGUCAAACAGUUUCCUGAAAACCAUAGAUGAGGUGGAAAAAUCAGUGUAUGAAAGCCAGGCUCUUCGGUCAUUUUAUGUACAAUCACCAGCCAGACUAAAGAAGAUUGAAAAGACCAUCAGAUUAGCUGCCAAUCAGAGCAACAAUCAAUUAUUCAUCCGCCAGUCUCUUGGGCAUGCGCUUUACACCGCCAGGGAGAUAGAGAAAAAGAAGCCUCGUUUUAAGCGCUGUAGCGUGUGCAGAGAUGCAAUGAAAAAGUUCAUGAAAAUGAUUGAGAAGGAGAUUGGCGAAGAAAAAUUUCAGAAGUUUAUUGGGACAAAGAACUUGGAUAGAGCUACGCUGAUGUUUGCUAUUGAUGACACAGGGAGUAUGUCUGAUGAAAUUCAAGCAGCAAAGGACAUCGCUACAUACAUUGUAGACUACGAGAGACCAAAUUUAAAAGUGGAUUAUAUCUUGUCGCCUUUCAAUGAUCCAGGUAUGGAACUGUGAGUUAAUUAUAUGUGGAUACUUGUAUGUAAAUUGGCCACACUUUUUGACUAUUUUUGGUAAUAGCAAGUAAUACUUAAAACUGUACCCCCAAUAACCUGAUCCUCUGCCUUGUUGGUUGUGGAACUCCUGCCAGUCCUCUCUUGAGAAUGCAGACUAGUCGGCCAGCAGUUGGCCGACAAAUUUUUGAAGGAGCUGUUCUCCACAAUUAAGGCCAUUUGCGUCAUGGCAUCGUUCUAUUUCUAUGACAAAAACAUACCCUAUUUUCCCUUUUGGAGGAUUCUGAUGGUAGCUGUUCUGUAACAGAGAAAUUGUAUGGAUUUUAGGAAAAAUAUUUAGCAAUGAACUGUAGACUGCUGAAUGUGACUGAAAUUUCAAUACUUUAUCUUACAUCUUCAGAAAUAGGGAGGGUUUUUAGAAAGGACGCUGGAAAAGAAAACGGAAAAAGGUUUAUUGCAAGAAUUAACGAACUUCGUGCGCAUGGUGGAGGAGACUGCCCUGAGAUGGCCUUUAAAGGAAUUAUUGAAGCCUUGAAAGCAGGCCCUGUAGAGGACUCUCCCCUGUACGUUUUCACUGAUGCUCCACCUAAAGAUGCCACACUGGACAACAUCGAAGAGGCGAAAAACCAUGCGAAAGUGGUGGGUAUAAAUGUCUACUUUUUUGCAACAAGAGGCUGUGGUGACCCAUCGUCUGUAAAGCCAUUUGAGGACCUUGCAACGGAAACCCGUGGUCAGGUUUUUGCGCUGCCUAAGAGUAGCUCUGACAUCGCCAGGAUGAAGAAAGUAGCCAAAGAUCUCCUUGGUGGUACAACCUGUUCCGCGAAAGGUGUUGGAAGUUUCUUCGGAAAGAAGCGAAGUGUUUCCCCUUCUGUACACACAUUGCUCGUGGAUGACACCAUGGAAAAAAUUAUUGUUUCGGUUUCCAGUGAGAACAGUGGUGCAGAUAUCAACCUAAAAGAUCCCCUGGGAAGUUUUGUCACCUCUGGGAAGACCGUGCUGUCCAAAGUGACAAUAUUUGAUGUAAAGAACCCAACACCAGGAAUCUGGCAGCUGGUAGUGUCGCCGAAGGCGGGAAAGUACACAUAUUUGUUCAAAGGAUCCAGCAAGACAAAUGUGGUGUUCGACUUCAUCUUUGUCACUCCACGUCGAACAAGGACGCCCUUUCCCAUUCCCUAUCCCUUGAAGGGUAAGUUUUCGUUCCUAGUAUCAUAGGUGACGAAUUACUCCUUAAUUUUGGCGCGAAAUUUCAGCGUUAAUUUGUAAUUUCACAUGUGAAAUUACAAAAUUGCCAUGGCAACCCUUCCGUACGUCACAAUGUCAAGAUGGCGGCGAAGUUUUAAAACGCCGUGAAUGAAGAUUUCAGGGCAUAAAAAAAGCUUUAGAAACCCUGAACACUCAAGAGAACAUCAAGAAGGAUUCUAACAGGUAUUUUGCCGAAAACGUCAGAAAAAUUCUGAACUUUAUAAGCCAAAUUUAAGGUCUAAACAUUUGAGAGAGUUGGAGUUCUCGAUCGAUACGAUCAAGGAUAAACAUGUCAAAAAUCCAAGAUUGCUAACGUAAUUCGUCACCCAUGAUAUUAACAGGUAAUCAAAUGGUAUACUCGUGAAAUAAGGGAAUAAUGUCACUUGCGUUUUGUCCAAAUCCUAAUUAUUUCCCGAGCCUUUUAUCCCUCGCCUAAAGGCUCGGGAAAUUAUUAGGAUUUGGACAAAACGCGCGUGAAAUUAUUCCCUAAUUUCACUCGUCACCAUUUGAUUACACAUACUUAUUUGUUAACUCUUCCUGGAGAAGGAGGUGACUUGGACCACUGAAAAGGUGCAACUAGUGAGAUAGUUGACGGUUGAGAUUUACAACGGGAUCAUGAUCACAGUGCUAGGCCGCCAGCGCUAGGUCAGGGCUUAUAAUGCACCUGUUUAAGACUUUCUAUUAUUCGUAAAAAUAAAGAACAAAGACAACAACAACAACAACAACAAAACAAAUGUGUUUUUUUAUGUAUAAUAGUGUCCAGUAAGAAGCUGGCCUCAACUUAUCAACCAAUUGAACUAGUGGUACACGGAUGCUUUAGUCCCCUUUUUAAAGUUAACUAAAUCCAGAAAAGAGGACUAAAACAUCCCUAUAUCACUACUAAUUUACGUUUUGGGAACGUACAAUGAAUACAUAUUGACAACAAACCCCAUAGUUGCCCUCAUAGCUCCUCAUACACUAAAAACAAUUUGACGAUCUCUGUAUCGCAAAGAAAAAUAUAUAAUAAUUAAGAACUAUAAAAAAAGCUCAUAUAUUCCCAAUCAUUUAUUUCUGAAUCGGGAGCAGCACACCGCGGUUAAAAACGAUGCAAACUGACAUUGCAAUACUGAUUGACACAAACAGUUAUUCUCCCAAUGUAAUCAGGGUUACAGAUUCAGGAAUCUGGAUUCCUGAAUCCGGGGCAUUUUUGCUGGUGGAAUCGGAAAUCCGGAGAAACUCUGCUUGUGGAGCCCGGAAUCCUGAGCUUUGGAAUCUGGAAUACAGCUCAAGGAAUCCGGAAUCCCACUAAGAGUGGAACAGAAUCCAGAUUCUACUGACAAAAGACUGUAAUCCAGUACCUGGAAUCCGGAAUCCACGGCGUGGAAUCUAGAAUCCCAGAUUGUGUUGGAUUCUCUUACAUGGGACAAAGUUAUCAAAACAAGAUCAAUCUUAAUCAUUUUUCAGGGAAAACUGCCCACGUCAUUCUGAUAGUACGGGGAGCUGAAAAGUUGCAGCCCAGUUCACUAAAACUGAAUAUCCUAAGCACGGAUGGAAGGUCUCUCCACACUACCCCUCUCAAACAAGUUGGGGGAGAUGGUGUACAUUUCUCAGCCUCCUUUCCUACUCCCGCGGAAGCCUUCAAUAUGCAGCUUAAAGGGAAGACGAAGAAGAACUUCCAGUUUGAACGCAACUCUCAAAGCACGGUGGAACCAAGCCAUGUAGUUGUCAAACUCAUGUACGCCCGAAAUGAGUUCACUGCCCCAAAAUCCAGCUAUGAAUUCGCCAUGUUCUUUAUCUUAAACUCCGGGGCUACUGAAAAGUUCACAUUUCAAAUCAAGGAAACUGUCAACUUCAAGGCCGAGUACUCAGCCUCGCCGAUCACUGUUUACCAGAACCGUUACGCUGUCGUCCGCGUCCGUUUCAUUGCUAAAAGUUCGGCUGUCGCCGGAAGCGUUGAUCAGUUGUUGGUCACUGUGACCGGAGAAACUUCGAAAGUCACUGCCAGGAACAUCGUGAGCUUGAUGGUUGGCCCUUGA